CUCCAGACCAUCAUCCAGCCCCUUGUGGGUAUUGCUGUAGACAGGAUGCUGCCACUACCUAAGCAACGUAUUUUACAAAUUCUACAACAUUUAUCUCUAUAAAUUAUCAACCUCUGUUUUAACUUUCUAAGCAUUUUCAUCAAUUAUGGAAGCUACAGCUCCACUUGUGGUUAAACCAUCCAAUGUCAAAGAGCUUGCUGAAUCUCCUGAUUUGCGUUACAUACCUAACAAUUAUGUUUAUGACUCUUCCAAUUCCUCUGCUACAAAUGAUAUUGAUGAUUCAGAUUCAAUCCCCAUUGUUGAUUUUUCUCUACUCACCUCUCAUGAUUCUCAUCAGCGUUCUACAGCCAUCCACCACCUCACCGAAGCUUGUCAAGAUUGGGGCUUCUUCAUGGUAGUGAACCAUGGCAUACCAGAAAAUCUGAUGAAGUCAGUGAUUGAUUGCACUCAUGAAUUUUUCAAUUUACCAGAGGAAGAAAAACACAAGUUUACUGGGAAGCAUGUGUUGGAUCCUAUAAGAUAUGGGACAAGUUUCAACACUAGUACAGAAAAUGUCUUCUUUUGGAGAGAUUUUCUCAAGGUCUUUGUCCAUCCUCAUUUUCACUCUCCCACCAAACCACAACCCUACAGGGAUAUUAUGUUGGAGUAUAGUGAGAAACUCCGGGAAGUGACAAGAAAGUUACUAGGAGGCAUAUCUGAAAGUUUAGGGCUUGAAGAAAGUUACUUGGACAAAGAUUUAGAGUUGGAAUCAGGGCUUCAAAUCUUUGUUGGAAAUUACUAUCCACCUUGUCCUCAACCUGAACUUACAAUGGGUAUGCCACCUCAUUCAGAUCAUGGCCUUUUAACACUUCUCAUUCAUAACCAAGUUGGAGGUCUCCAGGUUCAACAUCAAGGCAAAUGGAUUAACGUCAAUGCCCUUCCUAACUCUCUCUUGGUUAAUACCGGCGAUCAUCUUGAGAUAUUUAGUAAUGGAAAGUACAAGAGCAAUAUGCAUAGAGCAAUGGUGAACAAUAAAGUAACAAGGAUAUCAGUAGUGGUAGCUCAUGGUCCAUCAUUAGACACAAUUGUAAAGCCAGCUUCUCCAUUGAUGGAAAAAGAGAAGAGCCCAUCAGCUAAUUAUAUUCCAAUGAAGUACAAGGAUUACUUGGAGAUGCAACAAAGCAGCCAAAUUAAUGGAAAGUCCUGCUUGGAAAAAGUUAAAAUCCAAAGGAGCUGAGUGUCUUUAUGCAUAUUUUCCUCUUGUUUCCAAGUGUUUGAUGAUAUAAAAGUAUUAUGCAACUUCAAUAAUAUUUAUGAAUACUAUAGUUUUACGUGUAAUCUUUUAAAUAGUGAGCGUUUUAGCCGUGUCUGUUUAUAAAUAUAUAUCUUCAAAUUAAAAGUCAUUUUCGGAUAAGAGGGUGAUGCUAGUGAAGUAGGGUCAUUCCAUAUAUAUCUUAUAUAUGUCCAAGUUGA